AUGGGCUUUGGUAUUAGAUGGAGGACAUGGGUGAAGGAAUGUGUGACCACAACAUCUAUGUCAGUGUUGAUAAAUGGGUCACCAUCCAAGCCGUUCAAGAUGGAGAGGGGACUCAGACAAGGAGAUCCCCUUUCUUCUUUUCUUUUUGUUCUUGUCGUUGACGUUUUGCACAGGAUGGAUACGAAGACAGUGUUGAAUUAUAAGAGACUCCUGCGUUGUUUUGAGUUAAUGUCUGGCCUGAGUAUUAACUACGACAAGUCAAGCUUGAUUCCAGUCAAAUGUGAGAAGGAAUGGGUGACUAAUAUGUGUGGUUUGUUGGGUUGUGCCGAAGCUGCGUUACCGAUCAGGUACUUGGGAAUCUCCUUAGGCGCAAAUCCUUGGUUGGUGAAGACCUGGAAACCGAUUAUAGACAAGGUGGAAGAUAAGCUGAGCCUAUGGAAAGCUAAAUCUCUUAACAAGGCUAGUAAGUUGGUUCUCAUCAAAUCUAUUCUAAACAGUCUUCUGGUUUACUACUUAAGCUUGUAUAAGAUGCCAAAAGCAGUUACAGAUAAGAUAAUUGGACUUUGA